GAUUUCACAGUAUUAAUGUUUUUUCUAAGUUAUUAGUUUUUUUUUCACUAUAUUCAAAGCAUAAGAACUUUAACCUAUAAAAUUAACGUAACUCCUUCUGGAAUACUAUUAGGUAUAUCGUUCAAUAUGACUACUUCGUUAAUCGAAACAUCUUGUGUUUUUUGGUCAUUAAACUCAACCACAACAUCUGAAGAUCUAUUUUGGUGGAACAAAACUUUCAGUGUUUCCAUCUGGGAAAAUACUCUUCAAGUCAUUAAAUCUAAACAUGCAAACCCGAUUACCGAUACAGAUGUAUGGGAAAAAUACAUCGAAUUCCAGAUUAACAAUGUGUUUAAAAUAUGUCCAGUGUGUCGUUGCCCAGAAGGCAAUGAGGAUAUGAAAAUAUGCUGCAAUUGUGGAGAUGCAGUUCAUGUGGAAUGCUCAGUGGAUCCUACCCCGAGUCAAAUUGCAUCUAAACCAGCUAACAUAAAAUUUUCAAAAUUCAUGCGUGCGUGUUUUCAGUGCUAUGAAAAAGAUCCACACCUUGGUGCUUCAUCUCGACCAAAUGAGUUAGAUGAUCUUAGAAGGAUAACAAAGCGUGUCUUGACCUUGAAAAAUGAGCUCCCACCUUCGGUCUACGAAGAAGUGUUACAGAUAGCACAGAAAGCCCAUCCAACACCUAAUUCCUCAGAGCUCAUGACUCAGUUGAAAUGUGUUGUACAGAGCGUUUAUCAAAGCAAAUGUUCCUUAUCAUUUUUAACGAAAAUGAAUAUUAGCUCCAAAUGUGGUGGUAUUGGUGUCAUUGCAGCCCAGGAUAUUCCCCAAUUUUCCAUUGUUGGUGUCUAUCCAGGCUACAUUGACACAUUAAGUGGUGAACAAGCAAAGUUGGGUCGACCUUAUCCUAAGUAUGCCUUAAUGGAACUGAAUUGUGCCGAUUAUCAUAAUAAAGUCUUUAUAGAAUUUGAAGAAACCUUUACUCCCUUUAUUAACGAGCCCAAUGAAACUGAAACUAGUAACUGUGCUUGGAUUCAAGAAACUAAUCAAAUGAAAGGUCGGUUAAGCAUUAUUACUGUAAAGAAAAUUAAUAAAGGGGAGGAACUCUUGAUAGGAUACGGGCCAAUAUAUGCCCGAAAUUAUCCGUAUCGCUAUGAUGCAUAUGCAUUCCAUCCUGUGGAAGGAUACACUAAUCCUUAUUGCUAUGUAUUAUGGCAUUGGCCUACACUGCAGAAAGAUGAUGCAGUAUUUAUGAGUUACGUUGGUUACCUAGCAGAUUCAGAUAGAUAUGUGGAUUGGGAUAGCAUAGCGAACUCCUGAUGCAUUUUCAAUUGUAGUUGUUCGAUGUUUGAUAUAUUUAUACAUUAUUAAUACGACCAU